CAACUGAUCUGGCCGGCGAUGUGAUGUGACAAGUGAAGACGGUGACGGUGAUUGGUGUCGGCAGGGUAGGGAGAGGGAGAGCGACGGGCGUCUGCUGCAAGGCGCAAGAGGUAUUUGUUCCCUGGAACGUGGACGGAUGGUGGUGUUUGCAUUCGGAUCUGUGGAAGGACAAAGGGGAAAAGGAACAUGACAAGUUCUGGAAGCAUAUUCGAUCUCCUUACUGGCAAACCAUAUGCGUCCAGCGUUUUCACGGCCAACCGAAAUCUUUUCCAGCAAGAAAAAUCGUUUUCAUUGCUAACAUUUGUUGCAGGCACAUUAUUUUCUGUCUUUUGCCAUUAUGUACUCAUCAUAUGGGCCCCACCUGGCAGCGAGACGGCGCCUUGGCCCCACGUGCAGGUCGCAAACAAGACAGAGAGAGGAGGAGGAGGAGGAGGAGAAAGAGGAGCCGCAGAAGACGAGGACAGCAGCCCAACAAGUCAGGGAUCGAUCGAUCGGAUCCAACUCUGUCCGUCCGUGCUAUAAGACGAGCCACCGCCCGGUUCCCAAAUUCCUCCUCCGUCUGCCUGCCUUCCGCGACCGCCAGAGUCCUGCACUCCACAACAACCAUCGACAACAAGCGCCCGAGCACGCGGCCGCGAUCUCUCGCCCACCCACCACCCGCGCCAUGGCUUCCACCAAUGGCGGCGCCGUCAGUCCUCUUGCAGCGACCGUUCCAGUUGAGGCGGUUCUGUUUGACAUUGAUGGUACCUUGUGCGACUCGGAUCCUCUUCAUCACAUCGCUUUCCAAGAAUUGCUUCUUGCGAUUGGGUACAACAAUGGUGUGCCGAUUGACGAUGAGUUCUUCAUAAACAACAUCGCUGGAAGAAGCGAUGCUGAAGCUGCCCAGAAUUUGUUCCCAGACUGGCCCCUCGAAAAGGGGCUGAAAUUCCUAGAGGACAAAGACGUCAAAUACAGAAGUUUGGCGAUGGAGCGCCUAGAGCCUGUAAAGGGCCUCCACAAGGUGGUUCAGUGGGUGAAAGAUCACGGCUACAAGCGUGCCGCAGUAACCAAUGCCCCAAGGAUCAAUGCAGAGCUCAUGAUCAAACUUCUUGGUCUAUCAGACUUCUUCCAGGCCGUGAUUGUUGGAGGUGAAUGCGAGAAGCCAAAACCCGCCCCCUUUCCAUACCUGAAGGCCCUCAAGGAGCUCGGAGUGUCCGCAGCACACACCUUCAUCUUUGAGGAUUCCGCUUCAGGGACACGCGCAGGUGUUGCCGCCGGAAUGCCCGUCGUCGCCGUCUCGACGAGGAACCCGGAGAAGUCCCUACAGGAAGCUGGGGCCGCAUUGAUCAUCAGUGACUAUGAAGACCAGAAGCUGUGGAACACGCUCGAAGAGAUUGAUAGGGAGGAAGCGAAGCUAAAGACUGGUGGAGCCUGAAAAAGAUGAUGGUGAUGAACAAUUGAUUAGACCACUGCAAUCUUACCCAUUCUUAUGAUUUAAGGGAUUCUACGCCCCAAAGUUAUUAUGGAAGGGCAGAGCUCAUCUAGGUAUUUUGAGCUAUUAGUUUGGUAUAUGUGUUUCUUUUUAUUGUCUAGUAGAAAAUCAAAUAAAAAACUUUAGUGCCGAUGACAUGAGAUUUGUUCUGUUGAUGGGACCUAUGAAAAUGGUAUAUCUGUCAGGCUCAUUGCCUACCAGCUCUGUAUUUUGACUGUUUGACCACUCUGUUUGAUUGAGCUUCUCUUUAUUAAUAUGAAAACAAUAUGGUAAUGAUGGA